UGUUUAUUGGUGGAAUUUUGCACGCGUCGAAGGAAGUUUAUAUGCAGCUAGGAAAGCGAAGAAUUACUGCAGAUUUUCCGUUGUUUUCCCCUUAAUUCUACCGUCUUAGGUCUAGCCGAUCGUGCCGGCCUUUUAAGGGGAAAUAACAACGUUGUGUUGCCAAAUGGAAAUGGCCGAUUUGGCGGAGGUGAGUGACAGCAUUUCGAUCGCUUUAUCGAGCCGUUGUUACGAUGUUGUUGGGUUCGUUGAAUAAACAUACUCACAUUGUAUUCGCUUGCUUUUCCUUACUAGAAGCGGCCGGCAGCAGGGACGAGUGCCACGGCCAACAGUACCUCCCCUCAUGCCGAUCCAUUUCAUCGUAAAUCGCUUCGAAAGCCUCCGAAAGGAGUCCAGCGAAAACAACAAGGCUCCUCGAAAUUUCGCACCGACGUAAAUGUCGAAUUACAGAAUUUGCCGCUGCUAAAAGGUAUAGUAAACGUACGCUAUUUUGCCGUAUUUAUUUGCCGAAAUGCACCUCGUGUGUUUUUGUUGUUCGUCAAUAUUUGUUUCCUCUCCGCUUUAGAAACGAAUACGACCGAACAACAAGAAUUAUUCGUCAAAAAACUGAAGCAAUGUUGUGUCAUCUUCGAUUUCAUGGAUCCCGUAAGCGACCUAAAAGGGAAGGAAAUAAAGCGAUCCACACUGAACGAACUUGUCGAUUAUAUAACGUCUGGAAGAGGGGUGCUUUCCGAACCAGUUUAUCCAGACAUCGUGAACACGGUAGGGCAAAUUAAUGGCAUGUUUUCAAAAGGCAUCCGCCAUUGUAUCUUGUAAUUACUCGGUGCUGCCUUAUCGAAUGAAUUUCAAACAUUUGUUCGCAUUUUCCCCAGAACCUGAAAGGGUUUCUGUACGUUUAAACGGCACAAAAGACCGUGAAAAGCUUUCCUAAUUUCGUGAAAUUAUCAUGCAUGCUUUCGCUUGCUUCAAAACAGGAAACAAAUACUUCAAAAAUUCACUAAUGUGCAAAACCCAUUUCAUUUCGCAAUCAUGUUGUCACAGGUUAAAUAGCAAUUCACAUAUGCGAGUUCUGUUUAAUUCCCAGCCUUGAAAGGUCCGAACGGCAUCGAGGUUAGGAUAUCUUGUUAAAACGUACAAUUUAAAAUGUUAUUUUGAACGUAUAAGAUGCAUUGUUUACACGCAAAACGUAUGCUGUUUUGUGAGCGAGUUAGCCACAGGUUAAGUCAUUUAAAUUCGAAAAAAUACAAUCAAUUUUUGAAAUGUCCCUGUAAUCUUGACGCCCACAAGAAUCGUGGUUCUUUCCUGGUGAAUUUUAGCCCAGUUUCAUGAGAAUAUACUGCUAAAGAACUUCCUCUUUGACGUAUUUAAGUUUAUUGUAAAUGCAGAAAUGUGUACGUUAAUUUGCUUGUAAAAUUGUGGCCGAAUAAAAACACUAAUUUCUGUUUUCUAUAAACAUGAUUUAAAAAUGCUGAUUACAAUUAAGCAAUCCUGACAGCCAGUUCUUUCAGAGUAUUAAACCUCUAAAACUUCUCAGCCCUCAUAGUAAAAUUUCAAUUUUACAUCACAUUUAGUAAUUUAGUAUUUGCUCAAUUGAAAUUUGAAAUUACUUAAUUUGCUUCUCACCUAAUGCUGUCAAAACGAUUUUCAAAAAAAGUUAUUUGUGAAAUGUUCUCACUGCAAAACAAAUGAUGUUGCAAAGAUUAAUUUUGAGAAGCAAAGUUGUGUUCCAAGAAUAUAUAUUCACACUGACAAGUGAUUUCAUCAAGGGGGGCAUUUAUAUGAUACGAGCAAGCCAGCUGCUAGUCCUGAGAAAGCUUGAUUGGCUUGUAGCCUUGUAUACUGUUUUGGAUGGGAGUCUUUUCAAAAAAAGUAGUAGGCAGCAAUUUUGUGCCGAAGAUACCACCCACCUGGGGUGCAUCGGAGGUUCUCCUCAAAUAGCUAACUCAUCCUUCAAUUUUAGCACACAAACUGCCAUAACUUUGAACAGCUAACAGUUUACCCCGAAAUACAAUUUGAAGUUUGCCAUUUGUGCAGGGUUUAGAAAAUAGGCGUACGGACGUACGAUUGUACACAGAAAUUAGCUUGACUUGCAAACCUUUAAGACAAGUACGACCACUUCUUUUUUUUAAUAUUCUUAUUGUCUAUCAGCUUUAUUGGACACAAUAUAGAAGAAAUAUUUACAAGUUAUAAGUCCAAAGGGGAUAGUGCAACUUAGUAUACGGUAGAGCAUACAACCUCAUAUGGCAUUUCUGAUUUUUUAAGUCCUGAUUCUCGACAGCUAAGUGGCUAACUAAUCGUUCAAUUUUCUUGCACAAAUUGCCGUAACUUUGAACAGCUAACAGUUUACCCUAAAAUACAAUCCGAAAUUUGCGGUUAGCGGUUUGCCAUAAACGUAAUGAAAGAAUGUCCUGUAAAAUUUAUGUUAAUGCAAGAAAUCUUACCCUUCACAUUUCUUCGGUAAGAGGAAAUAUUUUUGUUUAUAUUUUUGAGAAAUAAGCAGCGAUAUCACAGUUGGCUAAAAUUUUGGGAAUCGGCAACAUCUAUGAACGUCGUAAGCAUGUGAGUGUGUUUUUUGCAGGUGGCGUACAAUAUAUUCCGAACGCUUCCUCCAUCGGAAAAUCCCGAUUUUGACCCAGAGGAAGACGAUCCCACGUUGGAGGCAUCUUGGCCCCACCUACAGAUAGUCUAUGAAUUUUUUCUCCGAUUCCUCGAGUCACCAGAAUUUCAACCUACCAUUGCCAAGAAGCAUAUCGAUCAAAAAUUCGUUCUUCAAGUGAGUGGCCGAUACCAUAAUUUAUUUAGGGAUGAACAGUUGGAAAUAAAAAUGGUCUUUUGUGUGAAACUUUUAUGUUUGUCAAGAGUAUUUGACAGGUUUUAAUCCAAUCAACCAAACAUGUUGAACCCUUAACGUCAAGGUUCCUCUUUUGAGUUUCAAAAUUGAUCGCAAUUUUCCUCAUUAGCUUUGCAAUUUAAAAAAUGUCCUUGCUUUUUUUAAAAUCCCUUGAUGGAAUUUGCAAUGUUGCUAAAAACCGAUUAAAUUUUCCUCAGUUCCUGUUAGAAGUUCCUAAAUUCCUGUUCUGUUCUGUUCUGUGUGUUGCAAUUGACUAACAAAAAUAAUCCACCAAUCACAAUGCUCAGAACAGGAAGUCAGGAAAUUAAUACGGGAAGUUAGGAAAAUUUGAAAUGAAGUUUGUUUACAUUGCAAUAUUGCAACAGCCGAUAGGGACAUUGCAAGUUCCCUCAAGGGAUUUGCAACAGGUAGUAGCGAAGUAGUUGUAGUUCGCUAAUGUAGCGAACUACAAUUUUCAAGUAGCCAUUAGUUUUUGACUACUUUUUUAAAACAGUAGCUGUAGUUAUAGCGAACUACAUUUUGCCUAAAAGUAGCCAAGUAGUUGGCUACUUUUCAAACAGCGAAUCGCUAUUCGCUACUUUUUAAAAUUGUUAGCAACUUGAUAGAAUAGCAUGAUACUGAGACACGGUCUGCUUAAAAUCAAUAGCCAAUUUGCACUCCUGAACACUGUAGUGCUUACAAAAAUGUUGCUUUGUGUUUACUGUUGUCUGUUGCUACUUGUAAGUCGAUUUGUUAUAGGUUACAUUACAGCCUGAGUUAAUAGUAGAUGCUCCAAAUACAGUAAAACUAAAAAAUGUACAUUAGCGAAAUAGUUCGCUACAUUUUUUAACCAGUAGCUGUAGUCAGCGAACUACCUUUGUUUCAAAAGUAGCAUAUUUUUGAAGAAGCUGUAGUUAUAGCGAACUACAAAAAUUUUGUAGUCAACCCACCCUUGGCCUCGGGAUUUUGCAUGUGACCGAUUAAUACAGGGUUACCACCCAUUGCAGAUCCACGUAUUGUGGUUAAAAAGUGUGUUACUGAUUCUUAAUACAAUCAUGAACUGAACAUGACAAAUACAAAGCCACGCAAAGUUUAGCUGUUGCGGCAUGCUAAUUUGGUUUGGCUCAACCGUCGAUAUGACAAAAGCUCUCGUGUCCAUUAAAUUGUGCAAAUUUUUGCAACACAUCGCCGGAUUCCAUCACUUCUCUUACCUGUGAUUCCAUCUCUUAUUUUUGCAACACAUCGCCGGAUUCCAUUACUUCUCUUUCAAAUGAACUAAACUUUUUAUAUUGCCAAUGUCCUUUGAUGUGGUACUGCUUAAUACAGAUUCAACUGUAUCUCCACACUGCAGUUGGAAUUGAAUGUUCAAAGUUUGCGGUUUGAUUCCCACUACGGUGAAACAUUUUUCCAGCUAGCCCAGUGUGAAGAUACUCAGAGUAACACAGAGCUACCAAAAAUACGGUAGUUUCUCGUGAGAAUAGACAAUGUUUAUAUUUGCAACUGUUCAUCAUCAAAUACAUAAAAGGUCAUAAUCAAGGUCAUAACUUGUGUGUUUUUCUCAUCUUAGUAACGUGUGUUGAAUUUUUAUCUCCCAGCUUCUAGAACUUUUCGACAGCGAAGACCCGAGGGAACGGGAUUUCCUGAAAACCGUCCUACAUAGGAUCUACGGGAAGUUCCUUGGAUUGCGAGCGUUCAUUCGUAAACAAAUUAACCACAUUUUCUUGAAGUAAGUUAAAAAAAUCGUCUACAGUAUCUGGGUUUUCUGGGGGUAACCCCCACUCUCUGGAAAAUGACCACAACCUCUAGGCUCUAGGAAAAUUCAGCAACGUUUUCCUAAAAUGGCUUUGACCACAAGCAUACUGAAAUUUUCAACAUUUAUGGCAAUUUUAACUUGCAUUAAUAUGGUAAAUACCUAAAAUUGUUUGGUUCUGAUUUCAUGCUUCAAAAAAUUUCCAAGAAUUUUAAUUCCCAGAACUUUUAGUUGCGUAGAUUGUAAUCUGCAAAGAAGCAUCUCAUUUAUUGCCAGUCGUGUGGGCGAUGAACUUGCAAGAAUUUCAAUGAAUACUUGCAUCUGGAAAUGAUCUUCUAAUCUUCCCCCCAAAAUAAUCUUAGCUCAAAUAUCAGUUUUAUGUCAUGCAGAGUGGUAAAAAUAACAAAUGUAAACAAAAGACAUUUCUAAACCGUUUUUUAAUACUUAGAGAAGAAUAUUGAACCAAAAUGAGCUGGAUAUUCAAACUAAAAGAGACAACAAACCAUCAACAAAAACAUCUAUAUUCUAUGUUGUGAAUCACUUGUAAAGUUUGAAAAAAGAACAAUUUAAAUUAACAUCGAAUUUACUGUCGUUCCAAUUGAAGUGUUUCUCAAAUAUUGAUUCAAUACAUUACCUCAGGCUGACCAAUUCAUUUCAUCAAGUUCCUCGAUAUAUUCAUACACUUCCUGUGAAAGAGCCAAUUCCAAGAAUUUGAUCAUUUCUGGUCACUUCCUUUCUAUUUAUGAUUGGUUAGUUGCACAAACAACAAAGGUGAUUGGUGCAUUCAAACUAUUCAACAGGAAGUUUACAAUUAUACUAGGAAGUGUAUGAAUAUUUCGAGGAACUUGAUGAAAUGAAUUGGUCAGCCCGAGGUAAUGUAUUGAAUCAAUAUUUGAGGAACACUUCAAUUGGAACGACAGUAAUGGUGUAUCAAACCCUAUGUCUGUAAUAUGAUGAUUUUUUUGUGCUUAAAUUUUGCAAUAAUUAUCAUGAAAAUAUCUUAAAAAUCCUUUUAAACUUUUUUUAUAUUUAAAAGUACAGCAUAACAAUGCACAACAUCGAUAACGAGUCGCAAAACUCAAGGUUGUAAACAUUUUGAACUUUGUGACCGUGUGACAUGAAACUGCCACGUCAACUCUACUGUAGCUGUUUUGAAAACAGGUGUAAACCUAUCUAUUUUUCAUUAACAGGUUUAUUUAUGAAACUGAACAUUUUAAUGGAGUUGGAGAACUGUUAGAAAUUUUAGGAAGGUAAUUAAUUAUGCAUGCUUUUUCGAUGUCGAAUCAGAUUUUAUCUCUAGACAGAUAUGUAUCUACUAAAAUGGCUCCUAGUGAAGUACAGAAUUAUAAGGUCCCACCAAUGGGUAAUUCCAGAUAUAGACUAAAUUUUGAUCAAGGCAAGAAGAACGAAAGCCAACACCACAGCUAGAAAGAGCGUCUUAGAGUUAGAAUGAGUAAAACUGCAAAGAUUGGUUGCUAAAUGUUGUAAAAUGAAGAAAAAAUGUUGUAAAAUGAAGAAAAUAUAGUCCUGUGAAGUUCACAAAUUUUGUAUAUACUGUAUAUAUAACAAUUCACAACCAAACUUUGCAAUUUUACUCAUUUUAAGAUGUUCUUUCCAGAAUCAGCUAUACUGUACUAAUGGAUUUUGUUCGAUCAAAAUUUAAUCAUUGUAAAUCUGAAAUCAUUUCAUAGGCUUGGUGGCAGACUUCAUAUGUCAGUUACUGUAGGGUUAUAAGCCAUCUUGUACUCUUUUAGUAGAUAUGUCUGUAGAUCUUCUAGCCAGAAUUUGUUGUUUUCAUCUAAGUCAAACACUGUAUCGUACGAUGAUAGGGCAUUCUCGAUUUGUGCAUCCAGCCUUUGGAACUCUCUGCCUUCGAAACUAUAUUUUAAUUAUGUCAUGUAAAUAGACUUUGUAUUUUAAUGAUCUCAUGUCAAUUAGAGCUGUGUGCCGGAGCCGGACCCCCAGCAUAUUUUGCCGGAGCUGGAGUUGAGAAUUAGUUCAUAUUUCAAUGAACUUUUAGUAAUGGAAAAAUUAAGUUGAAUGAUUUGAAGUUACUAUAAAAUUUAAUUACUUUCUCCGAUCCUAUUCAUGGCUUCGAAAAUUCUGCAAGCGCAUUGCUAUCGCUUUUUAUACAAAAAUUUGCUGACCCCAAUGUAUUUUGGGCAAAAAUACCACGCUGCCAUGCAGUUUUAUUUUCUACAAAACUUUGUUUAAACAAGCUCCGAAGCAGUGACACCGUAUAUUUGAUAAGUAAAGGGGAAAGCUCAAAAAGGAAUAAAACAUAUUCUGAAAUUACACUGAAAUACUUACUGCCGGAGCUAAAAUAACAGGAGUUUACACAGCUUUAAUGUAGAUAGACUUUGUAUUUUUGUCUUAUGUACAGUAGUUAGUACUAUACAGUAGUGUUAUCUUGUAAGAGUAUUCGGCGCAAUAUGAUGCCCCUGAAACAUAUGUUGUUAUUAAUCCUAUGAUUUGUGAUUUGUCUAGUAUUAUCAAUGGAUUUGCACUGCCACUCAAAGUGGAGCACAAACAGUUUCUAAAUAAAGUUUUGAUUCCUCUUCAUAAAGUCAGAUGUUUAGGAUUAUAUCAUGCUCAGGUAUUUAUACUUCGAGAUUUUAAAACAUGCUUACCCUAGCUGUUGGCUCGCACAUUUUAAUGAUGCCUGUAUUUUUGUAAUUGAAAGUUUGAAAUCAAAACAUAUUCUUUAUUUCUCGUUUAUAGUUAGCAUAUUGUGUUGUACAGUUCUUAGAAAAAGAUGCUGCAUUGACUGAGCAAGUAAGUUUCUGCUGACAACAGACAAUUCCCAUUAUAGACUAAUUUUAAAACUAGGCAAGGAGAUGCAAAUAAAUCACCACAGCUAGAAAGAGCAUAUUAAAAUGAGUAAAUCUGCAAAGUUUGGUUGCGAAAUGUUGUAAAAUGCGGAAAAUAUAGCCUUGCAAAGUUUGAAAAUUUUGUAUACUUUUGUAUUGCGUGCGGAAAUUGCUACCAUUUUCGGCCCAAAUGUGGUAGGAAUUUCCGCACGCAAUACAAAAGUAUACAAAAUUUGCGAACUUUGCAAGGCUAUAUUUUCCGCAUUUUACAACAUUUCGCAACCAAACUUUGUAAUUUUACUAAUUUUAGUAUGCUCUUUCUAGCUGUGGUGAUUUAUUAGCAUCUCCUUGCCUAUAGUUUUAAAAUUAGUCUAUAAUGGAAAUUGUCUAUUGUUUUGUAUUUCCUAAACCUGGUUUACAAUAUCAAAGUUUCUGUGAUCACAGUAGGAAUUUUGCAUGGGUAAAUUCUAAGUUUUGAAGAAUUUGCCAGAAAUGUUUGAGGGAAUUAGCCAUUCCGAAGUUGAUGAGUGGACUGGGGACGAGUGUUAAAAAGUGCCCAAAUUAAGAAAUGAACCAAAUCACUAAAAAGACCACCUCGAAAUUAGUAAGUAUACAAAGUUUGAAAACGUUUACAUGAAUGCCCUUCGAAUAAUAAGCUUUCGAAAAUCGCGAUAUUUACCGAUGAAAUGUACUGUAAUUUUUGUUUUGGGGACGCGCGUACCAAAACCAAUCUUUUUUAAAAUCAGUAAUUUCACAAUUUGUGAAAGCUUAUUAUUCGAAGG